AUGGACAGGGAGGUCUUCUUCCUUAUCAUAGCUGUAGCCCAUAUUUCAGCUGAUUCACAUUUAACUCUGGUGGAAGAAGCAGCUCCUCCAGUAUUGUUGGGAACUGUGGCGAACCUCACAGACAUAUCCAGGAUACUGAAGACAGAAGACACCAGUUCACUAAGAUACACUAUAGUUUCUCGAUCAGACAAACUGGACAGGAAAUUCGAAAUUGACGAUAUUUCUAGUGACCUAUCUGCAAUAGAUUCUAUUGACAGAGAAGAAAUGUGCAGCUAUGUACAAGAGUGCGUUUUGAAAUUGGAUAUAGCCGUGCAGUCUUUAACGAGUGCGUUUUUCAUGAAGUCGCAUGUCAAUAUUAAAGUCAUUGACAUUAAUGAUAAUACCCCUGAGUUUGAAGCUGAAAGUUUUCAUACGAGUUUUACGGAAAAUGCGAAAAUUGGGUCAUCAGUAGCGCUCCCUCUUGCAGUGGAUAAGGACGGAUCGUCUAAUAACCAUUUAAUUUCUUACACCCUGUCUCCAACAUAUAUUCCAUUUGACCUAGUGGUUAAAGGAUAUACACCCUGGUUAGUACUGGUAUCUGAUCUUGACAGAGAAACAAAACGAAGUUAUACAACAUCAGUUUCAGCCACUGAUGGUGGGAGUACGACAAGGAAUAGUACUCUGUCCGUGCGUAUUAAUGUAAGCGACGCAAAUGACAACCCUCCGGUGUUUCAACAAACGUCAUACGAAACAAGGAUACCCGAAUCUAUAAAUACAAACACUACAAUUAUGCAAGUUACAGCUGAAGAUGUAGAUGAGGGUUUAAACAGCAGGGUUGUGUAUUCACUUGCAAGAGACAAUUCACCAGAUGUGAAACAGCAUUUUCAAAUAGGGUCUUUAUCUGGUGGAGUGCGUGUUCUGACAUCUUUACGAUCGGAAGGUGGGAAACGAUUUGAUAUAAAAGUGCAAGCUUCCGAUUCUGGAUUUCCUGUACUCUCAGCAUUUGCUAAUAUCGUCGUCUUCAUUACGGAUACUCAGAAUGAUGCACCGACAAUAAACACACAGCUGCUCUUUAGUCGAAAUGGUGUUGCUUCGCUUCAAGAGUCUUCUCCAUUUGGUCGUGUUGUCGCUCUUGUGAAUGUUGAAGAUAAAGAUUCUGGAUUCAACGGUGAAACAAUCUGUUCAAUGGAAAAUAACUUCUUUCAACUUGAAAAACUUCAACAGAAUGAAUAUAAAGUAUUUUUACGAAGACCAUUGAACCGAGAACUGAAUUCAAAGCACGAUCUAGUUAUCAGCUGUCAUGACUUGGGAAAUCCACCUUUAGAAUCAACAUCGUCGUUUACAGUUGUAGUUGAAGAUGAAAAUGACAGUCAACCUGUAUUUGAAAGUGAACUAUAUCGGUUUGUUGUACAAGAAAAUUCCACACUGCCCGUGUAUAUAGGCAAGGUUUCAGCGCUGGACAAUGACGUCGGGAUCAACGGUCGCGUGACGUAUGACCUCGUCAGUGACGUUAACAAACAAUUCAAGUUCAGUAUCAAUAACACGGGUCACAUUCUAUCAAAUUCACGUCUGGAUUAUGAAAUUUCGUCCCAAAUAGUUUUGAACGUGUCGGCGGUCGAUAUGGGAGAGAAUCCAUUAACUGCUACUACAACAGUAAUCGUCAACGUUACGGACAAAAAUGACAACGCCCCGCUGUUUGAAAAAUCCCUAUAUUCUUUCCGCAUUCUUGAAAACGAACCGGUGAAAUAUGUACUUGGGUGUGUAUUAGCAAAAGACGUUGAUUCAGGGGAGAACGGCAAUGUCUCCUACACAGCUCUGACGGAAGGCAGACAUGAUGUCUUACCUUUCUUCGUGACGUCAACCGGAUGUGUAACUAUUUCUGAAAAGUUGGACUACGAGCGAAUCAGCACAUACGAAUUCGGAAUUGUAGCAACAGAUCACGGACACCCUGUUAUGAACACGACAGCUUUCGUGUCGAUUUCACUCAUCGAUGAAAAUGACAACAGUCCUGUUAUUGUAUUUCCUAUAGAGAAUAACGACACUGUUGUCAUUGGACACAGAACAGCGCCAAGAACAGACAUCGCUGUGGUGCAAGCUUAUGACAUAGACAGUAGUGAAAACGGCAAGUUACUUUACUCUUUAAUAUCACAAAAUGAGUCAGAUCUCUUUGAUAUUGACACUUCUACUGGGCAUAUUUCAACCACUCGUGAAAUUGACAUGCUUGAUAUAGGCAUGUACACACUGUGGAUCCUUGUGUCUGAUUUUGGCACGCCUCAGUUACAAGCAAAAGCUCACCUCAAUGUUCAAAUUCAGGAAUUAUACGUAACGGAUGAGGGAGUUUCCGACCGAUACAAGAAUUUGAAGAUUGUUACCGUACUGGCGAUAGAAGCUGACGUAAACAGCUGGAAGCCUGUCAAUGACCUUCACUCUAAUCAAGAGGUCAGCGUCCUUGACAUUAUGCAGCGUCACAAUCAGGUCGUGAGGUCGGUCAAGGCCAACCGAAAACAAAGACACAAAUGCGUAACUGAUGUAUUUUACAAAGACGAUUUCGGGUGGAGCUCGAGAGAUACCCUAGGCAGUGAUAGCGGUGUCGGGGGCAGUGAAAUCGAGAUGAAAAUAUCCAAGAUCACGAUCCCCGUCUAG